ACUGUGUACAGCCUUUUAGGCCUUUUUGGCUUUCCGUAGCUCCAAGACUCGGCGCGCGGCGCGGCGGGUUAUGGUGGGAGAUUUGUACCUCCCCAGGGACGGUGCGUUGUGUGCGCGGCGUAUUCUUCCAAAUCAUGGCUCUUAACUAUCAGACAUCGACCCUUUCUCUGACUUUGCCGAUUUCAUGCCAGAUAUGUCUCGGGAAGGUCAGGCAGCCCGUCAUCUGUGCCAACCACCACGUGUUCUGUUCGUCUUGCAUGGAAAUAUGGUUAAAGAACGCCAGCCAGUGUCCCACCUGCAGAGUCCCCAUCACGGCAGAGAGCCCCUGCAGAGAAAUCAUCGGAGGUACCAAUGAGAGUGAUCACAGUGAAAGCCCUUCCACGAGGAAAUGUCUCAGAAAGACCAGGGGAGAACUGCUUUUAAGGGAGUAUGAGGAAGAAAUUGAAGGGCUCAUCAGAGAAAAUGAAGAGCUGAAAACAAAAAAUCAAAGUCUGGAAGUGCAACUGAAGACUGCUCUGGAUCCUUGCAGCAUGAAUACAGCGCAACGAGGGGACAAAACAGUUGACCCCUAUGUCUUGGAAGAAUGGAAAAACAAGCUGCAAGCUGCCACAGAUGUUUGCGAUAAAGUAAAGCAGGACAUGGAUAAGCUAAAGGAGGCAAAUAAGGCUUUACGAUCUCAAAAUGUCGACCUUGUACAAGAGAAUAUGAGAUUGAAAGCAGAGGUGGCGAGCAGAUCUCCUCAGAAGUUUGGUCGUUAUACAGUGGCAGCACUAGAAGCUAAAAUCCAGCAGUAUGAGCGUGAUGUGGACCACUUGAAGAAGGCUCUGGAGCGCAGUGACCAGUACAUUGAGGACCUGGAGUCUCGGGUCAAAAAGUCUGAGGAGAGAUGUCCUGAAGCGCAGGAAGCAUGUGGGAGUAGCAAGGCUGGGUCAGAGGCUCUCUCACAGCAACAGAAAAUCAAUAUGAUGAUGAGAAGCUUGAGUGACAAAGAGAGGGAGUCAAUCUGCAGCCAUCCAGAGGCAGAAUGUCCAACGUUUGCUAGAAAUCACAGUUUGAUGUUCAUGCCAUCUACAGAUCGCAAAGAGUUUAAUAAGAAUCCGACUGCAGAGCAGAAAAACGAGGACUUGGAAAGCACCUCCUCUGACUUUUUGCCCACCACUCCAUCCUCUGCUUUCCGUUCCCUGACUCUGAGAAGCCCUGGCAUCCGUGAAAAGAAAGUUGCAUUUAAACCUGUGUCUUAUCUGAGGAGGCUUGAUUUUGAAGAUUUUCCUAGUCUUGGCAAGAGUAACAGCACGAUGGAGAGUCAGUUCAGCAGCCUUGACAACUUCCCCAAAUGCGGGACUCCAGACACUGACACGGAACCCUCAAAGUCGAUCUUCUGGGGUGGUUGGCAGCGAUCUAAUUCUGAUGACCAUCCAUGUCCAGGUCCGACUAAAGAGCGCUCAGAUAAAGGAACCACAUCCACUAAUGUGGUCGCUGAUGAGCCUGAUAGUUUCCAGAUGUCCAGCGAGGCCUCCAUGGAUGCAGCUUACCUGGACAAAAUCUCAGAGUUGGACUCCAUGAUGCUGGAUGGAGAGAGUUCCAGUAGCCGGGGAUCGCAGCUCUCCCUGGCCUCCUCCCCGCCAACAGACUUGGACAACACUCUUGUCCCAGAACCACAAACCUGUCCUGAUGUCUUGUCAAGCCACGGUAGCAAAGCUGUGAUACAGCGUGACCAGAAGAAACAUCCAGCGAGUGACAACACGGAUGGCACCUUGAGUGACAAAGUGGCUCCAAAAGGCUCUGCAGAUGAAGGUUUGGCUGCGCUGGUGUCGGGCAGGGAGAGCGGUGCCCAUGUUUCGGGCUGUGCAGGGGCUGGAGGGCCCUCCCAGACUGAAGAGCUGUCUUUUGAUUUACUUUUUGAUCCGCUGGAAGAGAAUAAGGCUGGUCCCUCUGGCUCUCUCAGUCCAGCAAGCAAAGGCCACGAUCAUGUAAACCCCUCCUCCUCCUCCCCCUCCUCCUCCUCCUCCUCCCCAUCCUCCUCCUCCAGCUGCACCGGUAAACCUGCGAACACAACAAGAGACCGACACACACUCAACAUCAGCCAGCCAACUAAGAGAAAGUCUCACAGUCCCUUCAACACAAGCAGUCCCACCAAACUUUCAAAGCUCAUGUGAAGGUUUUACAAGCUGAACCUGUGUGUUCUCACUGUGCCAUACACUGCAGUGUGUUUUGGUCAGGCUUCACGACCACACAUGGCUGGAGACAUUGACUUCGUGUUGCUUCAUAAUAAAUUUGUGACUGUGAUGCUCAGGCGUAAAUGUUUGUCUGUCAGUUUUUCGUGUAGUCUACUUGUAGGUCUUGGUGGCAGUUAGAUAGCUUUUAAGGCCAGUCUUGACACUCUGAAAAUGAAUCUGUGUUCUAACUGAACAAACACUUGUAUGAGUUCUUUGUUAUACUCUAGUGCAUCACUUUUGGUGCUGAGACAUUUUCCAAACAAACUCUCAGCCCACUUGUAUUUGUUGGUCAUUUCGAGCGAUUCAGUAAACAUGGCAAUCUUUUUAUGCUGAUAUGCAAUGCUGAAGACAGAUGAACAUGACUAUCAUGAAAAACAAUGAUAUUUUGAAUUAAAUACUGCGUUGUAAGAAUGUGUUAGGAAAUAAAAUAGUAAUGCAAUGA